GAGUCCUCCAACAGCACGUAUUACAGCAAGGACCGUGCGAUCGCCUCGCAGCCCAGCGGCAUUGCUGCGCUCAACAUCGUGCUUCAUCCUCCUCCUUCCCCUUCCUUCCCCUCCCCUUCCCCCAUCCAGGAAUCCUCCAACCGCACGUACUACAGCAAGGGCCGAGCGAUCUCCUCGCAACCCAGCGGCAUCGCGGCACUUAAGAUCGUGCUGCGAAACGUCGCGGAUUACAUCAAGUCGAAUGUCAUGCUGGUGCAACCCUACGCGCUCUCCAUCCCACCCGCGCACAUGCCCAACAUGUUCCAAUACGCCGACACCACCUGCGCGCUUUUCGCCGGGCCUUUAUCUACCACAGCUACUGAUCUAGCCAAGGCGAGGAGCAGCGUUGUCGCGUGGACCAACGCACAGAUCAACGCAUUAUCGAAAUCCCGGGUGAAGCUGCUUAAUAUCUUGUCGCUGUCGCUCUAUAGGGCGGAUGCACACGUGGGGACGUAUCGGCCGGCGGGAGGGUCGACGGAAAUGGACUGUGCUAAGUGGUGCUUGCCGGGAGUUCCAGAUGUGUGGCUGGAUUUGUGGUACCACCAGGUCAGCGACCCGUUCAACCUUAAGCCAUAA